AAUUUCCGAAAAAGGGCGUCCUCCUCCUCUCCUCCUCCUCCUCUCCUCCUCCUCGCUGCUCUCUCUCAUGUUUGUCUCUCCGGAGGAAGGGGCGGUCUCAGCGCCGCAGCAGAUCCGGAAUUAGAAGGUGUUCGCUCGGCUGUGCUCGGCUCGGUCGGUCGGUGAGCUCCGCGGCGGUUCGGUUCUCUGAGAGGAAGACAGAACAACGGAACUAGCUGUUGAACAUUUUUUAUUUUUAUUUUUAAAUAAGCAACUUAAAGAAAAGAUUAAAAAAAAAAAAAAAAAAAAAAAAAGAGGUGAGGGGUGAGAGAAGAGGGAGAAAGAAGAGGGUUGGACUCAAAGUGUCGACCGAGGGAGGGACGACACACAACCGGGGGCAGAAAAGAGGAAUUAAAAGAAGAAAGUAGAAGAAAGGACAAGAUGCCUCUGGCUCAGCUGGCGGAUCCCUGGCAGAAGAUGCCUCUGGGGGGGACGCCUGGAGAGGAUUCACAUCACGAUCCCGAGGACUCAGUGGGCGAGGACGACCCGAUGCCUGCCUGCAACGAUGACGUGCCAAUCAAGGAGAUCAACAUCACUAACCAUGUGAAAGAGGGAUCAGAGAAGGCCGACCCACGACAGUUCGAGCUCCGCAAGGUCCUGGGACAAGGCUCCUUCGGCAAGGUGUUUCUGGUGAGGAAGAUCACAGGGCCAGACGCCGGUCAGCUGUACGCCAUGAAAGUCCUGAAGAAAGCUACACUGAAAGUGCGUGACCGGGUCAGGACAAAGAUGGAGAGAGACAUCCUGGUGGAGGUCAACCAUCCCUUCAUCGUCAAACUGCACUACGCGUUUCAGACGGAGGGGAAGCUCUACCUGAUCCUGGACUUCCUCAGAGGAGGAGAUCUAUUCACUCGUCUCUCUAAGGAGGUAAUGUUCACAGAGGAGGAUGUGAAGUUUUACCUGGCAGAGCUCGCGUUGGCCCUCGAUCACCUUCACAGCCUGGGCAUCAUUUACAGAGACCUCAAGCCAGAGAACAUCCUGCUGGAUGAGGAGGGACACAUCAAGCUGACCGACUUUGGCCUCAGUAAGGAGUCGAUAGACCACGAGAACAAGGCCUACUCCUUCUGUGGGACGGUGGAGUACAUGGCUCCGGAGGUGGUGAACAGGCGAGGACACACGCACAGCGCCGACUGGUGGUCGUACGGCGUGCUGAUGUUUGAGAUGCUGACGGGAACGCUGCCGUUUCAAGGCAAAGACCGGAAAGAGACGAUGACCAUGAUCCUCAAGGCCAAGUUGGGAAUGCCGCAGUUUUUGAGUUCGGAAGCUCAAAGUCUCCUCAGGAACCUUUUCAAACGCAACCCCGGCAACAGAUUAGGAGCGGGACCAGACGGCGUGGAGGAGAUCAAGAGGCAUCACUUCUUCAACACCAUCGACUGGAACAAACUCUUCCGCAGAGAGAUCCCCCCUCCCUUCAAACCGGCUGCAGGACGACCUGAUGACACUUUCUAUUUCGAUCCAGAGUUCACAGCUAAAACACCCAGAGACUCUCCGGGGGUUCCUCCCAGUGCCAACGCCCAUCAGCUGUUCAGAGGAUUCAGUUUUGUGGCCAUAACAGAAGAGGACACACAACCACUACCCAGUACUAUUGUUCAGCAGCUGCACAGAAGCACGUCCCAGUUCUCAGACGCCUAUGAGAUCAAAGAGGACAUCGGCGUCGGGUCCUACUCCAUCUGUAAGCGCUGCCUACACAAAGGAACCGGCAUGGAGUACGCAGUCAAGAUCAUCAACAAGGCCAAGAGAGACCCGACGGAGGAGGUGGAGAUCCUGCUGAGAUACGGACAACAUCCCAACAUCAUCACCCUGAAGGAUGUGUACGACGACGGCCGGUCGGUGUUCUUGGUGACGGAGCUGAUGAAAGGAGGCGAGCUGUUGGACAAAAUCCUCCGACAGAAGUUUUUCUCCGAGAGAGAAGCCAGCGCUGUCCUCUACACCAUCACCAAGACUGUGGAGUACCUGCACGUACAGGGGGUGGUGCACAGAGACCUGAAACCCAGUAACAUCCUCUACGUGGACGAGAGCGGGAACGCCGAGUCCAUCAGGAUCUGCGACUUCGGUUUCGCCAAACAGCUGAGAGCAGAGAACGGCCUGCUCAUGACUCCGUGUUACACCGCCAACUUUGUGGCACCCGAGGUGUUGAAGAAGCAGGGUUAUGAUGCAGCCUGUGACAUCUGGAGUCUGGGAGUCCUGCUCUACACAAUGCUAACAGGUUUCACUCCCUUCGCUAACGGACCGGAGGACACACCGGAGGAGAUUCUGGCUCGCAUCGGCAGCGGGAAGUUCUCGCUCACUGGAGGAUACUGGAACUCUGUCUCUGCUGAGGCUAAGGACCUGGUGUCCAAGAUGCUGCACGUCGACCCCCACCGGCGGCUGACGGCGGGUCAGGUCCUCCGACACCCGUGGGUGACGCACAGAGACCAGCUGCCCAAAUACACCCUGAACAGACAGGACGCGCCGCACCUGGUCAAGGGUGCGAUGGCUGCCACCUACUCGGCCCUGAACAGGAACGUCCCCCCGGUCCUGGAGCCGGUGGGCUGCUCCACUCUGGCGCAGCGGAGGGGGAUGAAGAAGAUCACCUCCACCGCUCUGUGACCUUUGACCCCGCCCCGCCGCCCCACACUCCCCCUUCAACUCUGACCUCGAUCUGACCUCCGCCGGACCCCCUUCCCUUCCCUCCCCUCUCUCUCUCUCUGAUCCAGUCCGGUGGGACAGACUACUGAUGGACCCAGGAACCGCUAACGCCAAAUAGGAACGGCCGAGACCGCCCCCCCCCGCCCUGCCCCGCCCUCCCUGCACCUCAAUGGACUCUUCUGAUUGGAUUUCGCGGCUGGCUGUCGACAGCCGGACUGAGCUGUGAUGAAAACCUGUCGACUCUUCCCCCGCCACUGGAGGCCGAGUCCUCCUGUGGCGUCUUUGCUUCGGACAAUCAGCGCCGGCUCGUAGACCCGGAGACCGAGUGUGCGUCAGGAAAAGAAAAGUACUGUAUUUAUUUACUUAAAACGGGGAAAUCUGAACAUAGGAACAUGGUAAUCUAAUGUAUGCAUUUAAAGAGCUAGGAUCAUUGUAGUUAUACUGUCGUUAUGGUUCUGCGUAGCUGUAGAUCCGAUAUUUAAACCUCAAGUAGCCUCUGAGAUGACGGCGUCUGCAGAAAAAGGAAAGAAGGUGUUCAAAGCAGCCUCGGGCCUCAAAAUGUUGCUGUUUGCUUUCGAGAUUUACCUUCAGUACUACAGAAACCCAGACGUAGGAGAGAUAACAGAAGCAUUUACUCAAACUUAACUUCUGACUUGAUGUUUUUGGGAUCAAGAAAAAGUCUCUCAGGAGCCUGAUUUAGUACAUGUCACACUUCCAGGAUCCAGUAUUUUACCUUUCAGGUGCGAAACAGAACAAAAAGGAAAUUGGUUCGUCUCAGCCUGCAGAAUAUUCAAAGUGUCCAACGGUUCAUCUAGAAAAACUCAAAGGACAAGACUGGCAGUAUCCUUUAUUUCUCUUCUUGUCAACAAAUCCCAUGAAAGCCCAGCGAUCAGUGUCAGUACUCUGUGUGUGUGUGUGUGUGUGUGUGUGUGUGUGUGUGUGUGUGUGUGUGUGUGUGUGUGUGUGUGUGUGUGUGUGUGUGUGUGUGUGUGUGUGUGUGUGUGUGUGUGUGUGUGUAACAACGGAGGAAUAAGAUAUAUCAGGCUUUGCUACACACACACACACACACACACACUGUUGAUUCUGAGCUUUUGGUGGGAUUUGUUGAGGGUUAGAGUCCAGAGAGCGGUUUCUCUCUCACCUGUUCGCUCUCAUUGGAAUAAUGUGAGCACAUAAAGGAAGCAGAGUCUGCCUUUAUGCUGUAUUUGUUUGUUUUUAAAGCUGCACAAGGCAACGUUGCAUUUAAACGGCGCCCCCUGGUGUCUGUAACACGAUGCAAAGUGAUGGCUGUGAGUCAGUUCUCCUCUGGACAGACUGCGCUCUUACAUCUGAAUCUCAUUUUACUCUCUAAUCUGGCACUUGUGUGACACUGUAUCACUUUAUUGCACUUUACACACCGCUGGGUAGCUCGGUCCAUAAUAAUACAUCCUAAUUUAUUCACCUGAAGAAGACGAAGGUAGUGGAGUAAAAAGUGGUACAAGCGCCUCAGACUUGUGCUGAACUGUCGUGAAUAAAAGUACUUAGUUACCUUCCAUGUAAAGCAUCUUUCAGGCUGAUACGACACUAAUUUAGUCGUGUUUGUAUGUAGAACUCUUGCCUUGUGCAGCUUUAAGACGUGUCAGUAAAUCUAAAGUACAAAAGCAGCUUUAACUCGAGGAGACGGGUGACAUUUGCACAACAAGAGAACCCCACAAAACCCACAAAACAAACAGCAGGAUGUUGUGUUUACCUGGAAACAAGGUGACCUGGUUACCUAACAGGCUGCCAGAGGACAGAUUACCCUCUGAGAGCAGCAAAAACAUAAAGGCGAGAGAGCUUCCUGCUUCCACAAAGAAGACUUGAACCCGGAUCAGCCUCCGACCUUCUUCUGUACGAGCCGACUGAUCAUCUCCGUAUGUGCAGCAGACAGGAGCUGAACUGUAAAUAUAUAUACGAGCAACUCAGGUUUCUAUGAAUCAAGACAAUGCAUUUUUAUAUGUCCAGCAGGAGAGAAUAUAUGUACAUAAUAAGCACACAGAUGUGAGCGAGGGGGAGGCGAGCAGGACACGAGGAGGCAGAAGAGUUAAUACUCCACAACCUGAUCCAUCCACGGGUGUUUCUUUCACCCCCGUCCUUCACUGACGUUUGUUGUGUUUAAAGGCGUCACUUCUACCACAAAGACGUGUUAAUGUCUGUGAUGAAGAGGAAUUCUUCUGUCAGCAAAAACCUUUAAAAACUCAAAGUGUAGCAGAAACACUCUCCUGGGUACGGCUGCAACCAUCGCUGUUGUAUCCGGGCCUCGACCUGUGAGUAUGUACGCCAUCCUGGAGGCUCAUCAGUGAAGGAACUACUUCAUAGGAGUGAUUGAUUAUUGAAUUAUUGGGCACUUAUUGUCAAAAUCAAAUCAGCAGACGGUUGAGGCAUCUUUUACUUUCCCGUACAAGAAUGUAUAAAUACUCCACUACCAGUAAAAUACAUUUAUCAUCAGUUAAAUGUACUUAAAGUAUCAAAAGUAAAAGGUAGUUAAUCAGCAUUUUACUGCUGGUUUUAAGUGGGAGGGGUCUUGAAGAUGAUUUAUGGGGAAGAAAAUAAGAAAAGAUGAAGUUCUGCUUUUGUUAAAUUUACUGUUUAAAUGAAACUGUGUGAGGAGGUUAGAGGUUAUUUUAUGAGCUCAUCAUUUGUUUAUUUCAUAUAAAAAUAUUUCAGAAGUAACUCCAGUUGUCAGAUAGAUGUAAUAAACUACGUUCAUUUAACACUCAGUUACUUUUUACAUCAGAAAUCAACGAUAAGAUAUCUAUGGUAUCUAAAAUUAAAUUCACAUUGAUGAGCUACAUUAAAAUAUUAUUAUGGUAUUUGUUAGAGAUCAAAACAGAAUAAUAUAAUAUUCUAACACUCUGCAUAAUGAGGACUUUUCUUUUAAGAACAUUUUACUGAUAAUACAUCUGUACUUUUAUUUUGAAUUUACUUGAAUGGAGUAUUUCGACUUCUUUUUACACAUUUGGAAUUCAUUUGAACAUGGUGUCUAUUUUACUUACAACUGAAACUAAAUUAACUUUUUUUUUAUAGUUUGGGUGAAAGAAAUCAGUCAGUUUUAAAGUAAUCUCUUCGGAAAUGUGUCGAUCUCGUAGAACCGCACUGAGCUGUGAGAUACGUCCUCCAACAAAGCCCUGAUCCCAGAGUUCAGUGUUCAGUGGAUCUCAUCAAUAACGCUCUGUACCUGUGUGUGCCUCCUCUCACCUGAAGACAAUCAGCAAGCACAAAAAAACCCCAAAAAAUCCUGCAUCUGUUAACCUUCAUACUGUAAAUGUUUAUGUGAAAGAUUGAAACUGCUUCCUCCCUGUGCUCUUCUGAAUGUCCGUCAACAUAAAGGGAUAAAACUCUCCUGCUCUGAGACUGAACUCACAGAUUCUCUUUGUUUUAUAAAUAAUAUGAAAUAUAUAAAUGUUGAUCUUCGCCUCGUCUAUCGAUGUACAGCUCUGGGAUAAAGGAAUGUAAAAGGAAUGAUUUUUUUUCUGUAAUUAUGAACAGGGGUAUAGCUUUCUUCUUCUCUCUCCAUCUUCCUCCUCCUCCUCCUCCUCCUCCUCCUUCUCUUUUAGACGCAUUCAGCCCUGCUGCUACGCCAGCUCUCUGUUUUUGUACCUGCAGUGAGAGUUGGACUUUCUAUUAAAAUAAAAAGGAUAAUCAGCUAAUAAA